GUGAAGCUCUUGUGUUUGUCCGGGAGCCUCCUCCACCCUCAGACACACACAAGCUGGUCUCUGCACAGAGGACGUCUGUGUGAGAAAGACAGUGUUAAACCAUAUUUUCUGCCCUGGAGUUUUCAACAACAAACCUUUUCCAAGUCUGAGAACAUGACGGAUACAAGCACCAACAUGAGGUUGAAGCUGCCUGUCAUCUGCUUCAUCCUGGAGAUCAUCCUCAUCAUCCUUUUCGGCGUGCUGGUGGAGUACGACCAUGAUACGGAUUCAAAGCUGUUUAAUAAGCACAAUAACCAUCACAACCAUUCUGACGCUGAGAAUGAAUUCUACUACCGCUAUCCAAGUUUCCAGGAUGUGCAUGUGAUGAUCUUCAUUGGCUUUGGCUUCCUCAUGACCUUCCUGCAGCGCUACGGCUUCAGCAGUGUGGGCUUCAACUUCCUGAUCGCAGCCUUUGCCCUGCAGUGGGCCACGCUCAUGCAGGGCUUCUUCCAUGGCAUGCACGAUGGCAGCAAGAUCCAUAUUGGAGUGACGAGUAUGAUCAAUGCUGAUUUCUGCACCGGCUCUGUGCUGAUCUCAUUUGGAGCAGUUCUGGGUAAAACCAGUCCGGUCCAGCUGCUGGUCAUGGCAGUAUUUGAGGUCACGUUGUUUGCUGUCAAUGAGUUCAUCUUGCUGACCGUUCUGGGAACCAGAGAUGCUGGAGGCUCCAUGACCAUCCACACAUUUGGAGCCUACUUCGGCCUGAUGGUGACACGAGUCUUGUAUCGGCCCAAUCUGAGCAAGAGCAAACACAAGAACUGCUCCGUCUACCACUCUGACCUGUUCGCCAUGAUCGGUACCAUCUACCUGUGGAUGUUCUGGCCCAGCUUCAACUCUGCCAUCACAGAACUUGGUGACGCCCAGCACCGCACAGCCAUGAACACCUACUACUCGCUGGCAGCGUGCACUCUGUCAACGUACGGCAUGUCUGCCCUCACAGCUCAUGAUGGCAAGCUGGACAUGGUCCAUAUUCAAAACGCUGCCCUGGCCGGUGGAGUCGCAGCAGGAACAGCUGGUGAAAUGAUGCUGACGCCUUUCGGCUCCAUGAUUGUUGGUUUCUUGGCCGGCAUCAUCUCCGUGCUCGGCUUCAAAUACCUCUCGCCCAUCCUGGAGGAAAAGCUGCGUAUUCAAGAUACCUGUGGGGUUCACAACCUGCACGGGAUGCCCGGAGUCCUGGGGGCCAUUGUGGGGGCUGUCACUGCUUCUGUUGCAACUAAAGAUGUUUAUGGAAACGGUUUGCAUAAGGUGUUUCCUGAUGUGGCGGAUGGAAGCAGAAGUGCGAUGUACCAGGGAGGCAUGCAAGCACUUUCCCUGGCAAUCACCCUGGGCAUGGCCCUGAUUGGUGGUCUUAUUGUUGGUUUUAUUUUGAAGGUGCCCCUGUUGGGUGCUGCUUCUGAUGCAGCCUGCUUUGAGGACAGCAUCUACUGGGAGGUGCCAGGUGAAGAGCCAGAUCACGAGGAGCAGAUGACCGUAGUGAAGACCGAAGAAUCUGAGAAGCUCAGCGCCUAAUCUGUCGAACAGGGAACUAGAGAACCACUGUGAGGUUUAAAACAGCACUUGAACGCCUGCAGGCUCAAAGAUGUCCAGAUGUAUCCACAUUGUGCUCAUGCCAGCUGCCAAAUUGUGUGUUUUACAUGUAAAAUAUAUAUUUUUACACAGCUAAAUAUCAAAAUAAAAGUUACUGAAUAUCACCAGAAGCCAUUCUAGAGCCAGAUUAUGUUACAGAACUGUGAAACGACAAAACACGGUUCUAUUUACAGAAAAAUGGCUUCUGUGAUUCCAAUAAAAGACGAUGUGUUACAAAGCCUGAUUGUUGAUGUCACUUCAAACCAAAGACGAAUGUUUAAAUCUAGAAAACCGCAUUCAGUAAAAUAUCUCAAGUGAGAGAUUAACGUUUAAAUCAAUCUGUUGUUUUUAUGAUUUUCUGUUAAUCAGUUUCUUGCAGAAACCCAAAGAUACUUUAAAUGCAUUGUUUCUACUAAAGCUUUCAGACACUUUUCCUUUCCGUACAAAUAAAAUAUAAAUAGAAUAGAAAACCAGUUUAGUUCAGCUUUUCACCCUCACUGACAUUUGUUGGUCUUUUAACUUGACUGAUUCCAAUUCUGGCCCAAAUCAAGUAGAUGAUGGUUAUUUUUUUCUUGAUUUUUGAAGUUAGACCUUUAUGGAAACACAGUUUUGGUUUAUUUAUGGCAUCAAAUAAAGUGAUCAAAUUUUAUUUUUUCUCUUGUAAUGUUUAAAAUCAAAUAAUAAAGUAGCCUCCAAUGAACACAAAGUGGACCACACACCUGUAACGACUAACUAGUCACACAAAGCAAACCCUCUAUAAAAUAUGUGGCAUUUUGUGGCACUUAAAGGAAUAGUCUGGUUAUUUCUGAAGUGAUGUUCUAUAACAUUUAUCAAAAGUUAGUACUUUAUCAGCUGUGAUCAUUUUAUUUACCCUUUAUUUAUACAGGUAGUCUCAUCGAGUCAC